AUGCGAGAAGGGAGACGCGCAAACGAAGUCUCAAAGAUGGCAGUCAACGAAGAGAGCAAGCGGCCGGGGGACGCCGAGGAUGGAGACGUCGACCUCGAUAUGGCUAAAAUCAUGGCCAUCCAGCUCAAGGAAAUGACGCAGAGUCACGGGCCGCUGGACCCCACUGUCGAGGAGCUUUUCACCCACUGCCGAACCGAGCAGAAACGGCUGGCGGUUGUGGCGACGAAGGCUGUGGACCGCGACCAGAUGCCGCUCUACGAACAAGUCUCCGGAGUGCUGGAGAUGCUGGGGGAGAGCAUCUCGAUUUACGAAGCGUUGCGCGCGUCGGACUCUGCAGCGGCCUUCAGGUCGCAGGAAGGAGACGCCUCGAACGCGUCGGGACGGAAAGAAGCUUCAGCGAGGCGGCGAGGCGGGCGGGGCUCCGCGGAGAGCGCCUUCGCGGCGGACGACGUCUCGCCGUUUGACAGCGAAGAGAGGAGAGAGAAGAGGCACCGGCGGAAGUCGGGCGACGCUCGCCGCGAGCCAGCGCGAUCCGACUGGCCGCGGAGGAAGCAAGGCGACUCCGAGGAGAGCCGCGGCGGCCGCGACGACAGGCGCGUAGAGUCGCGCCGAAGCAGGAAACAGCGGACAAGCUCUGUCGACGCUCGCCUCGCCUCCACUCGAGACGGAGACUGGCCCAGCGAGUCGCGGCGCGCGCUGCGAGACGUCUCUCGCGAUGCCGAGACCGGAGGGGGAGGGCGAAAAAAACGGGGCGACGAGGGGCGGCACAAGCGAAGAGAACGAGAGGCGGGAGAGAACAAAGAGGAGGAAGAAGACGCCGCGUGGGUAGCCGUUUGGCCCGAGCAGGACGCGGACAGACUCACCCCUGCGGACGCGCCGGAUCGACGAGACGAAGAGCUCUCGGAAGGCCGCGCAGGGGAGGAGAGGACGCGGAGGCGAGAGUCCGAGCGCCACAGACGACGCGAAAGCAGGACCAAAAAGACGCGCGAGCGUGAGGGCGAGCUUCAACCCUUUGAGGCGGGGGGAGCAAGCUUGUCGUCGGGUGCAGGCUCCUUCGUGGAGCGUGAGAGCGGCGGGGGUCGCCCCGAGCGGCACUCCAGGGCGCGUGCGAAGAGUUUUUCGUGGGAUGGAGAGUUUGACGUGGCGCAGUCGCGGGGCGUCUCGCGCGAGAAUGAAAAGCGACGCAGCCGAAGAGACGAGCGGAGUGGACACGAAGGCGGGCGGGGAGCGUCGUCGGCGUCGGUGCGAGAGGCCCGCGACGACGGGAGGGCGCAGAAGAAAUCUCCGCGGCGGGUCGCCCCCCGGCAGCAGUCUCACAGUUCGUCGUCUUCCUCCGCGGCGUCUUCGCGCGCAUGGGGCCGGGAGAGCGAAGACAGUGGCGAGCGGCGGGGCGAGUCUUCAGAGGAGGAGACGCCCUUCGGCGGCGCGGCCUCCCGCGCGUCGGCUGCGGGCACCUGGGCUGUCCAGCUGGUCAUCCACCGAGCGCUUUUUCUGCCGAUUGCCGCCUCGGGCGGCUACGCCGUGGUCGCCAGCCUCGUCGCGGGCGGGGGGCGCGAGGAGGCAGGCAGCGCGUCCUCCGACGAGUCAGACAGCGAAGACGUGCGAGGAAGCCGGCGCAGGAAAUCGAAAACAGAGAGGAAAUGGCGCAGCGGGAGCGGCUCCGCCUCGCCCCUUCCUCUCGUCGUCUCUCGCGGGAUGUCCUCGGCGCGCUCAAGCAACAGCAGCGGCGAGUGCGUGUGGGAAGAGUCGCUCUUCCUGUUCCCCGACGUGCCGCCGCGUUCCGCGAGCGACAGGCGGCGCAGCAGAAAGAGCUCCUUGCAGCGGUUCCUGCGCACAGCCUCUAUCCUCCUGGAAAUCUACGACGCUGCUCAAACGGGGCCGGGCGCAACCCCCCUCGCCUCCGCCCUCGAGCCCGUCUUCCUCGCCCCUCUCGCCGGCGCCCGCGCCGCUCAGCGACAGGUGUCGGUCUCUUUGCGCUCCGCGCGCGGCAGCAACGGCGGCAGUUUGUCCUUCUCGCUCUUCCUCGACAAGCGCUCGGCGCGCACCUCCACGGCUGCCCUCCGCGCCGCGCAGGACAACCACGGGACGCGCGACCGGCGGGCGCGGCUGGAGAGCGACAACGAGGCGAGCGCGUUCGCGCUCAGGCCCGCCGGCGCCGUACCAGGCGGCAGCGACGCGUUCGGCGACGAUCGCCGCGAGGGCGACGGAGAGAGUCAACUCGAAAGCAGUCUCCACGGCGCGCACCUGAGGGGGGACAGCGUGUGCGCAGGCGCGGCGAGUGGCGGCGGCGGCGUCUGGGGCGCCGGCAACAUAGGGGGGGAUGCCCUGGUCCCCGGGGGGUUUCUGUUCGAUGGCGGACCGACAGGCGCUUCGCCGAGCUACUUCGGCGCAGGCAACGGCGUGGCGAGCUUUCCGCUGGCUGCGUCUGCGGCGCCAGCGGCUGGGGCGGGGGCGAGCGCGGCGUCGCAGGCUCCGUCCGCGCCGCUGCCCGCCGAGCGCUCUCUGGAGCAGCUGCUGUUCUCUGGUCAGCAGCGCGAACGGAGUCUGCAGGCGCAACUGCAGGAGUCGCGCACCUACAACCAGCAGGUCGUGCGGCUGCUCGCCGAGACCAAGGCCGCGCUGAAGAAGCAGGAACAAGAGGCCGGGCAAAGCCAGCGCGCGGCGACGGAGGCGCUGGCAGAAACGCAGCGGCAGCUGCGCGACCUGCAGCGCGACGUGGACGCGCGCGUGGAGGCUGCGCUUCACCAGGCCAAAGAAGAAAAGGCGAGUCUUCGCCGCACAGUACAGACGCAGGGGCGCGAGCUCGAAGCGCUGCGCGCGAGAGUCAACGAGCAGGGCGACCUGCUCCGCGACGCGCGUGAGCGGCUCGCCAUCCAGCGCCGCCGCUGCGCGCGCCUCAGAGAAGACCUCGUCGAAGCCGACGAACUGACUGAGCUGGUGAAGAAUCAGCUGUCUCUCGCCCAGUCGCUCGAAAAGGAGCAACAGCGACAAAUCCUCGCACUCGCCUACUGCCUGAACUCCGCGGCCUCCUCGCCGCUCUCCGCUGACAGACCGCCCUUCUUCAGGAGCGAGGAGACCCAGCCGCGCCCAGACCCCGGGGGACGCCCGCGCUCCGACCGCUGGCGAGCCGCAGACGGGCGGGGCGGCGGAAACCCCUUCGCGAGGGACGCGCCGGCCGAGGCGCGCGCAGCUCAGAGAGACGCCAGCGCUCUCGCUCUCUCUCCCUGGAUGAGCCGCCAGACGUGCCUCCACGCCGCGCCAGCGGCCGCCGCGCGCCCGCUCGCCCCCGCCUCACGGCUCGUGGCCUUCUCAGACCGGCGCGGAGACGGCCGGGGGGUGGGGCCUGCCAUCCGCGAGUGCGUCGGCGCCGCAGACGCGCGCGCGGAGGGUGUCGCGUUUUCGUCCAGAGAGGAGAGGGAGACGGCCGGGCGACGGCGGCGGGCCUUCGGGGCUCCAAAUGGGCGCUGCGCGCAAAACGGCGUCAGCUUGGAGGGGAGGAGCUCCAGGCGCGAACGCGAAGAAGCCGCCGCCACGAGCCGCGAGGGCAGCGGCGUCUCGUGGCGGGGGGAGAGCGGAGACAGCGAGGAGGGAGAGACAGACGAACGAAGCGCAGACCAACUGCGGCCUACGCCCGUCGAGGAGUGGAGGCUGACGCCCUCGAUUUUGAUUUCUCUGGCGCAGGCUGUCUCCGGCGGCUCGUUCCUUGGCUCUUCGCCGCUUCUGCGCGACUGCGCUUUCUCCUCGUCGCCGGUCUUCCUCUCCCUGCCGCGACAGCCCUCUCCGUGCUCGCUUCUGCAGCAGCAGCUGCUAACAGUGUGUUUCCAAGAAGCUCUCUUGGGGCAGAAGAAGGCCGAGGGAGGCGAAUUUCUGCUCUACGAGACCGACGCCCUCCAGGUCUUCUGGAGUGCGCACUUUCUGCCUCCUUUCUCGGGUUCUUCCCGCUCGCCUCCGUUCGCCACCACGUCUCUCGUCGCGGCCUCGGCCUCUCUCGCCGAGCGCGCCGGUCGGGCCUUCAGGGCCUACAGCGGCCCUGGGGUCUCGCCGUGCGCGGCGCUGCGGGCUGCGGCGCGAGCGUGGGCGAGAGAGAGAGAGGGCGGAGCGGAGCUCGAGCGAGCGCAGGCCGCAGGCGGGACGCUCCGGCUCAGGCGGCGACAGGGAGGCGGACGUGACGACGCCGCAGAGGCCGGCGGCGGCGGAGCGCCCGCGAGUGGAUGCGUCUUCGCACUGAGUCUCAAGGCCUCAACAGGGCAGGCGCUGCAGGACGUCGGGCUUCAUCUGGAAAAACAAUGCUUCGGCAGCCGAGGCGCCUUUGUCAGUCUCGAGGGCGACGGUCUCAUGCACGCCACGCUGCUGCCGAGGGCGCCCGCGGUGACGGUCUUCGGCGCCGCGCUGGUCGCUGGGCCUUACCGACAGACUCCCAUCAUUCGCCUUUCCUAUUUACUGCCCGACUCUGUCUCCCGCGAGAUCCGCCUCCGCGUGCCGCUGCCCCCCGCAGUGUUCUGCGUGCCCUCCCGCAUGCGCCCGCGCGAGUUUGUGCGCGAUUGGGAUGCGCUUGAGCUCUGCAGCACCAGCCUGGUGUGCGACAAGUUGAAGCCGUCGUUUUUCUCGCCUCCUGUGUUUGGGCCUGCUGGCCCGUCUCUGUCUCCGUACGCCGCGCUGCUGAGCGCUUGCACGCUGCAGAGGGCCUUUGCGUCUCUGCCUGGCCUCGAUCGCCACUUCAGCCGGAAUGUCGUGGCGGCAGGGCGCUUCCCUAUGGCGUCUUUCGAGACGCGGACUUCGUCGCGGUCUCAGGAGCCGCGCGACGCAGGGAGCGACUCCGAGGCGGAUCUGUCGCCGUCGUCGGCUGGCAGUCCUUCGGAGUUUUCAGAUUCUGCCUCUGAUGCGAGUUCGCGCUCCUUCUCCUCGCCCUCGCGCACGCGCAGCUUCUCUCCCUCGUCGUCGUUUUCCUUCUCGGGCGCCCGCCGCCCGCGCCCCCGCGCGAGGCCGGGCGCCGCCUCCAUCCCCUGUCUCCUUCGCGUCGAACUGCUCAGCCUCUCGGCGGCGGUCGCGACGGGCAUUCUGCCUCCCGCCGAGGACGGAGCCUCUGCGAGCCUCUCAGGGCGUGGUCAGGCGCGCGUGGGGGCGGUGAGCUGGACAGCGGCGCUCUCUGCGGCGGCGCGCGCGGCGACUUCGUGCGCCCGCAUCGAAGUGCGCUGCGCGGACGAAGAAAUCCGUCAGAGUGUCGCGGAGACGCUGGGCGAAUUGCUCAUGGACGAGGAGUUGCUUGUCGCGCUCUCCGCCGCGGUCGUCGUGCCUUCUCUCCUCGACCGGGUCGCCGCGCCUCUCGCGUUCUGA